AAAGAGAAGUGGGGCAGGGGCAGGACUGGAUUCUUAGGUCUACUUGCCCUGUGGCCUCGGGCAAGCCCCCUCCCCCAGGCCUCAGUGGCUUUCGCUGUUUAGGGGGGUCGGGUGAGGUGAUCCCCAGCUCCCAGGGUGGGCAUGUGCUGCUGCCGCCGAAGCCAGGAUGCAGCACCGAGGCUUCCUCCUCCUCGCCCUCCUCACCCUGCUGGCGCUCACCUCCGCGGCGGCCAAAAAGAAAGACAAAGUGAAGAAGGGUGGCCCCGGGAGCGAAUGCGCGGAGUGGACCUGGGGGCCCUGCACCCCCAGCAGCAAGGACUGCGGGGCGGGGUUCCGCGAAGGGACCUGCGGGGCCCAGACUCAGCGCGUCCGGUGCCGGGUGCCGUGUAACUGGAAGAAGGAGUUCGGAGCCGACUGCAAGUACAAGUUUGAGAGCUGGGGCUCGUGCGACGGGAGCUCGGGCACCAGAGCCCGCCAAGGCACCCUGAAGAAGGCGCGCUACAAUGCCCAGUGCCAGGAGACCAUCCGCGUCACCAAGCCCUGUGCCCCCAAGACCAAAGCCAAGGCCAAAGCCAAGAAAGGGAAGGGAAAGGACUAGAGGCCAGGCCUGAAUGCCAAAGAGCCCCUGGCCCACGGCCUCCCUCCCCCGGCCCCAGAGUAACCCACCAGUGCCUUUUGUGACUCUUCAGCUUUAUCAAUCAUGCCCGCCCUGUCCCUUUCCGCUCCCCCACCCCCCAAGUGCCCACAGUGGGGAGGGACAAGGGAUUCUGGCAGCGUGAGCCUCCCCCAAAGGAAUCUGAUUCCCAUUCCCCUGUUGUUCUUACCCACAAAGAUGCCAUUGCUAAAAAAAACAAAUAAAACUCAUUUUCUCCCA